AUGAGUGAAAGCACAAAAUCAAGAGAAACAACUCCCAGACAGACUUCUGGGCAUUCAACUAUCAGGCAAAGCAGUGGUCGAACAUCCACUGGUCAAUUUAGUGAACAUACAACUCCUAAACAGACAGAGAAGCCUACAACUGUAACACAGACUAGUACGCAUAUAAUUUCACGUCAGUCUACUGAGAGUAGAACUUCUAGAAUGACCAGUGAACAUACAACUACCAGAGAGGUGACUAAGCACACGACUCCUAAACCUAUUAGUGAGCAUUCAACUGUAAUGCAAAGUAGUGGCCAAACAUCCAUUGGUCAAUUUAGUGAACAUUCAACUACUAGAAAGACCAGUGAGCAGACAACUGCUAGGGAGAAUGAGGGUACAAGUCCAAGGGAAACCAGUGGAUAUACAACUUCCAGAAUCAUUAGUGAGCUUUCAACUAUUAGUCAAAGAAGUGGCCAAACUUCUUCUGUGCAAUCUAGUGAAUAUACAACUCAUAGACAGACAGGCGUCUAUUCAUCUGUUAGAGGGACUAGUGGUCACACAUUCCCUGGUGAAACAAGUGAGCGUACAACUCCAGGUGAUAUUAGUGGGCAUACAACAACUGGACAUACCAGGGGGAGUACAGGCCCUGGACAGACAACUGAUUAUUCCACUUCCAGAAAGGUUAGUGAGCAUACAACAUCAAAACAGACAAGUGAGUUUUCAACUCGAGGAGUGGCCACUGAUAGUAUAUCUACCAAAGGGGUAAGUGAGCACACAACUAAGGGGCAGGUCAGUGACAGUUCAACCAGAGGCAUGAGUGAGCACACAACUCAUGGAAAGACCACUGAGAGUAUCAGUUCUAGAGGUGCGAGUGAGCGCACAACUAGAAGAGAGAGCAGUGAGACUACAACUGCAAGAGGCAAAAGUGAGCACACAACUCAAGGAGAAAGUAGUGAGGGUACAACGACUGGAGGGAUGAGUGAACACACAACUCAUGGAAAGGCCACUGACAGUACAACUACCAGAGGAAUGAGUGAGCACACAACUCUAGGAGAAAGUAGUGAGAGUACAACUACAAUAAGGAUGAGUGAACACACAACUCAUGGAAAGGCCACUGAGAGUACAACUACCAGAGGAAUGAGUGAGCACACAACUCUAGGGGAAGCCACUAAGAGUGCAACUACUAGAGGAAUGAGUGAACACACAACUCGGGGAGAGAACAGUGAGAGUACCAGUUCUAGAGGUGUGAGUGAGCGCACAACUCGAGGAGAGAGCAGUGACACUACAACUACCAGAGGCAAGAGUGAGCACACAACUCAAGGAGAGAGCAGUGAGAGUACAACUCCCAUAAGGAUGAGUGAACACACAACUCAUGGAAAGACCACUGAGAGUACCAGUUCUAGAGGUAUGAGCGAGCACACAACUCAAAGAGAGAGCAGUGAGGGUACAACAACUGGAGGGAUGAGUGAACAUACAACUCAUGGAAAGGCCACUGAGAGUACUAGUUCUAGGGGCAUGAGUGAGCAAACAACUAGAGGAGUGGCCACUGAUAGUAUAUCUACCAGAGGGGUAAGUGAGCACACAACUCAUGGAAAGGCCACUGAGAGUACCAGUUCUAUAGAUGUGAGUGAGCGCACAACUCAGAGGGAGAGCAGUGAGACUACAACUACCAGAGGCAAGAGUGAGCACACAACUCGAGGAGAAAGCAGUGAGAGUACAACCAGAGGAAUAAGUGAACGCACAACUCAAGGAAAGACCAGUGAGAAUAUAACUACCAGAGAGAUGAGUGAGCACACAACUGGAAAUAAUACCAGCGAGAGUGGAACUACAAGACAGAUGAGUGAACAUACAUUACCAAAGGAGACCAGUGAAUUUUCCACUCUCGGACAAAGUUCUGGUCAUAUUUCCCAUACAGCUGGACAGACUAGUGAGCAAGCAUCUUCUAUAGGAAUAAAUGAGCACACCACCCAUGGGGAAAUAAGUGAAAGCACCUCUACCCAAGUGAGAAGUGAGUACACAAUUACAAGGCAAAGCAGUGAACACACAACCCCAGGACAGACUAGUAAGCAUUCAACAAUUGUUCAGAGCAGUAGCACUACAUCCCCUGGUCAAACAAGUAAACAUACAACUGAAGCUCAUAUUAGUGGGCAUACAACACCCAGUCAGACCAGUGAGAGUUCAACAAUAAGACAAACCAGCGAGAAGACAACUGUGCACCAAUCUAGUGAGGGUACAACAAUGAGCCAUACCAGUAUGAAUACAUCCCCCACUGGAGGCAGUGCACGUCCAACACCAGGACCAACCAGUGAGCACACAACUUCAAGGCACACCAGUAUGUACUCAUCACAGGCUCAGACAAGGGAACAUUCAACUGAAGGACAAAAUAGUGAGCACACAACUCCACAACAGAGUAGUGAGUAUACAGUUCCUGGACAAAGCAGUGAGCAAACUACAGGCCAGACUAGUUCAGUUGUAAAUACUGGAGAAACCAGCAAACAUACAACUCCCAGACAAACCAGCAUGCAUGUCACUUCAGGUGAAACUAGUAAACAACCAAUUCCAACCAGCAAGCAUGAAAGCAAUACGACUCCAGUAUUUACUGUUGUAGGGAGGACAAGUGAAAGCACAUCACAUAUUCCAGCUAGCACUAUAUUUUCUUCAACAUCUACAGCUAUUCACCCUGAAACAACAAGAGUGGCAUUCAUGUCCUCAGCUCUUCCCACAGCUCAGUCCACAAGCUUACCAACUACUUGCAGACGUCAGUGUCAAUGGACUGAAUGGUUUGAUACCCAUUUUCCCACUCCAGGCCCAAAAGAAGGUGACUUUGAAACCUAUCAACAGAUAAGACAAAAUGGUGGAAAUAUCUGUGAUCAUCCAGAUAAGAUAGAGUGCAGGGCAGAAAAAUUCCCUAAUGCUUCACUUGAAGGCGUUGGACAAGUUGUUCAGUGUAAUGUAUCUAUGGGACUGCAAUGUAGGAAUGAAGAUCAAGAAGGAGCAUUCCCACUGUGUUACAACUAUCAGGUUAAAGUUCGAUGCUGUGAUGAUUAUUUGUGCGAAACAACAGUGUCACAGCCAGUUAGUACUCCUCUAGCUCCCACAGCUUCAACUGGAAAAGAAAUAUUCAGCUCACUAAUGAGUUUUCCAGUGGAGAGCACGGUACAUACUUCCUUUUCCACUAGUUCCAUUUUGUCUUCUGCUCCUUAUUCCACACUGGGACAAGGCACAAGCAUGAGUGCAUCUUCAUCUAUUUUCUCAACAUCAUUGACUAAAACUCAUCCAUUCAUCACACCAGAGACAACCAGGUCAACUGAGUCAGAGACUUCAGGAAGCACUAAACCCAGUUCAACCAGAACGUCAUGUUUGUGCACUGCUAAUGGCCAAACAGUUCAGCCAGGCCACAUCAUAUACAACACCACUGAUAACAGCGGAUGGUGUUACACAGCUUUUUGCAAUGACACUUGUGGGAUUGAAAGAGCUGUAAUAGAAUGCCAUUCCACCCUGGCACCAUCCACUUCCUCAGCACCUUCUUCAUCAGAGAGCACUUUUACAUCUCCAUCAACAUCAGAGCUUUCAACAUUAGAAAGCUUACAAACAACCCAGCCUGAAAUAUCCACUACAUUGCCUCAGCAUGAUUGUUCUGCAAUGGUUCCACCCAGAAAGCUGAAUGAGACUUGGAAUAUUGACAAAUGUACACUGGCGACAUGCAAAGGAAAUAAUGAAAUCCAAACUGAGGGAGUAAAAUGCAAGCCUGUGAAGCAGAUGACUUGUGCUAAUGGCAGGCCUGCUCACAAGGUGUAUGAUGACUCAGGCUGCUGUUAUGACUACGAGUGUGAAUGUGUUUGUGAAGUUGUAAACGUCUUGCAUCAUGUGACUUUCGAUGGAACUUCUUACAUAUAUAGGGGCAACUGCACCUAUGUGCUAGUCCAACAGAUCAACAACAAGUAUGAUGAUUUCCGCAUUUACAUCAAUGAACAGCAGCAGGAGCUAGAAAAAGAUGUUGGAUCUCAGUCUUUAUGGAUAUUCUACAAGUCCAACUCUGUGUAUUUGACACGAGAGCAGAAUAUGAACAAGGUGUUCCUCAAUGAUCAUCAGGUUUUUGGAUCAGUAAAUAAGGAUGGCUUCAAGGUGUAUACCACUGGCGUACUGGUGUAUGUAGAAAUUCCAUCAUUCCAGGGCCUUGUUGUAUAUGGUGGGACAUUCUCACGUGUCCAAUUACCAUACAAAUUGUUCUUUAACAACACAGAGGGACUAUGCGGUACCUGCACUAACGACCAAAAGGAUGACUGUCGUUUGCCAGAUGGCACAAUUUCGGCCUCCUGCACUGAAAUGCCUCCAUAUUGGCUGACUUCAGAUCAGAAUAACACAGUGUGUGCACCAGAAACCAAACCAACAGUUCCACCCACUUCUACUACUACAUCACCCUCUAAAACGACUGAAAUUUCCAAGUGCAUACCUCAACUCUGUGAGCUUAUGAACAGCGAUGUAUUUGCAGAAUGUCACAAACUGCUGCCUCCUGAUGCUUUCUACAAUAUGUGCAAAGCAGAUGGAUGCCAGGUCAAUACAACUACACUAGAAUGCAGCAACUUGCAGAACUAUGCUUCAAUGUGUGCAGAGCUGGGAGUCUGCAUCAACUGGAGAAACUACACUGACGGAAAAUGCUUGUUUCCUUGCCCCACAACAAAGGAAUACAGAGCUUGUGGACCACCUUCAGAAGUCACCUGUAACCAUAGAUAUAAUGAGGAAUUUGUCACUAAAGAUCACAAGGCGAUAACCAUAGCAGAAGGAUGCUUCUGUCCUAAUAAAACUACACUGUUCAAUUCCCAGACUGAUACUUGUGUUUCAUCAUGUGAUUGCAUUGGUCCUGAAGGUGAACCAAAACAGCCUAAUGAAAUAUGGCAAAGUAAUUGCCAUCAGUGUGUCUGUGACAAAGAAUCCAUGAGCAUUCAGUGCAAGCCUUUACAAUGCCCUUUGCUGCCAGUGCCAUCGUGUAAUAAGGAUGGUCAAGUUCUCGUCACUGAGCCAAUGGUGAACAAUUCCUGCUGCAAUGUGUCUAAAUGUGAAUGCAAUAUAAACCUUUGCUCUCAUGCUGUGAAAAGCUGUGAAGCUGGAUACCAGCUGGUGGCCAGGACUCCCACUGAUGGCUGCUGCCCUGUAUAUGACUGUGUGCCCAAGAAAGUCUGUAUCUUCAACAGCACUGAGUAUCAGCCAGGAACUACAGUACCUUCAUCUAUCUGUGAAGAAUGCAAGUGCAGCUCAGAGAUUGAUCCAAACACCAAACUCUUCAAGAUUGACUGUGAAACAAAGAAGUGUGACAAGAACUGCCAUGCUGGUUUUACUUAUCAGGAUGUCGUAGGGCAGUGUUGUGGACAUUGUGUGCAGAUUGCUUGUAUUUUUCCAAUGCCAAGCUCUGCUAACAAUCCUGGAAGCACAAACGGCAGUCCUACUGGCAACAAUGGCAAUCCUAGUGGAGACAGCAACAGACCAAAUGAUAACAAUGCAAAUUCCACUAGAAACAAUAGCAAUCCCAAAAACAAUAAUGACAAUUCAAAUGACAGUAAGAACUACCCUAAUGACAAUAACAGCAAUCCCAACAGUGAUAGCAGCAAUCCAAAUGGUGGCAACAAGGACAAUCCGAAUGGCAACACCAACCACCCUACUGGAAACAACAGCAAUCCUAGCAGCAAGAAUAGCACUGAAAAUGAUAAUAAGCCUGGUGACAAUGACAACAAUCAUGAUGGUAGACCUAAAGAAAACAGCAACAAUUCAAAUGACAACAGUGGAAAUCCCAAAGGUACGUUUGACAAUCCAAAAAGCAACAACAAUAGUGCAAAUGGAAAUGACAACAGUCCUACUGGAUACACCACCAGUCCCAAAAGUAAGAAUGCCACUAAAAAUGAUGACAGAAACCCUGAAGGCAACAACAUCAAUCAGGAAAGUAAAUCAAAAGAAAAUGAUGACAACCCAAAUGACAAUAAUGGAAAUCACAAAGGUAUCAAUGACAAUCCAAAUGGCUACAAUAACAAUAGUAAUCCAAUUUACAAUAAUCUUAAUAACAAUAAUGGAAAACCUGAUGAAAAUAAUGAACAUCCAACUGGCAAUAACAGCAGGCCAAGUGAUACAGAAAUCAGCAACAGUAGCAUGCUCUAUGUCCUCAUGCCAGGACAGAGAGUGACAUUUCCUGGAGAUAACUGUACCCAUUAUGAGUGCUACAUGAUUGAUGGCCACUAUGUUUCAAUAUCAUCUAAAAAGUCUUGCCCUGAGUUCCACCCUGAGGAUUGUCUGCCUGGAACCAUUCGUUUCACCAGUGAUGGCUGUUGUCAGACUUGUGAUGAAAAGCCGAAACAGUGCAAAGUGCAUAAAAAUACAACCUAUAUAACUCAUGAAGGCUGUCAAUCACUCAACCCGGUGGCUGUGUCAUCUUGUGAAGGAGCCUGCAACACUUAUUCUAUGUACUCAUCAGAAGCUAAUGCGAUGGAGCACAAGUGCAGCUGCUGUCAAGAGGUACAGACAAGCUUCAAGAACACCACCCUAAAGUGCUCCAAUGGGACAAUUGUCAGCUACUCCUACAUCUACGUUGAAGAGUGUAGCUGCAGGGAUACCAGAUGUGAGGCAAAAGAUCAUUUCUGGUCUGGUGUCACAGCAAGCAUAACUGAGGAGGAGAAAAAGUAUGAUAGGAAAACAGAGGGCCAGCAGAAUAAUAAUCAGACAGACAAAGGAAAGUUGAAGGAUAAAGAUAGCACUGCUGUAAGCAAGAAAGCAACAACAAAUACCUAAGAAUGAAAGCAGAAAAACAACUGAUAAGAAGCCACAAAUACAAUCCCUGAGAAUGUG